GGUAGAUGAUGUCCCCAUUUUUCAGAAGAAGACAUUGAGGACCAGUGAUGGCAAAUGAUUCUCGGGUUUCAGAGCCCGUAACUGGCAGGCCAGGUGGCCACAUCCAGGUGUUCUGACCACAGGACCGCAUCUGCUAAAAUGAGGGUCUUUAAUGGCACUUAAAUUUUAUUUCAGGAAAAUACCUCAUGACACGUUUUAGAGAGUAUAUCAUGAAUAUCUUUUCUAUGCCUGGAACUAUAUUUGCCAUCAUUUCUUAAAAUUGGAACAUUUAGACAUUCGUAAAAAUAGAAUCGGUCGUGACCACCCAGCACACAGCUCUUGGCUUCAGUGAUCAUCCCCUGCCUGGCCUGUCUUGGUGCUUCUCUGUUUCUAACUGCCCAGAUUACAUGGAAGCGACUCUUCUGUAAACACUUUCAUGCCGUUACUUGUAAGGGAUCUACUACUGUUCCGUUGCUCUUACUGGAGGGCAUUAAACCAGUCAUUGAUUGUUGGUCAUUUAGGGCAAUUCCUACCUAUUGCUCUGGUAAACGAUGCUGCAGAAAACACCCUUUUGGCUAAGUCUUUGUGUCUGUCGUCUGCAGCAGUCAUCUUUCACUUGCACUCCACGGCUGCCGUUUGAGGAGUUGUACAGAGGACCCCUCUUUAUUUUCAGUGCUUUAAAGUGUACUCUGACCUAAAAAGAAAAAAACAACAACAACAAGAUUUACAAUGAAAGUAACCCUUUGGUAGUUUUGCUUGUCUGAGAACACGUGCAUAUGAACUAGCCCACCUGUUCCACUUUCUUUUGUUUGUAGCUGGUUCCUUGGAAGUGAAGAGAUUGUUGGUAUUCAUGCUCCACAUCCCCCCCCCCCCACUUUUGCUCAUACUUGUGGUUGUCUUCUGAGCAAAGCUGUAAGUUUUAUACUGAAGGUCUUUAAAAAAGAAUACCUUGGCAGUAUUUUCAAGUUGCUGGUCCUUCUGUUGUCAGGAAAUUUGAUCAUCUCAGCUCUUAGGGUGAGACGGACCUGGGGAAGGGCAUUGCAGUGCCCCCAGAAGACAGGGUCCCCGGGGUGCCGGCUUAUCCUUUCCUCCCUUGGGCAGAACAGCCUGAGUAUGGGGCACCGGGCCUCGGGAGCCCUAGGGUGGUGGAGGAGCCUGGCGAGACGAGGGGGAGGAUGAUCACAGGCUAGGACAGGGUGUGUGGGGUGUGGGCACCCAAGAGAGGAGUAUGCUGGAUCCGACCCCAGGAGCUGGAGGACCCUCUAGUUGAGUUUCGUGGGAAGGUUACAAGUUAGAUGAUGGGGCUGGCUCUAUGUAGAAGGUUGGAAGCAUGAAAUGGCAUGAUCCUUGUGAAAAAUCACGUUUCCAUUCUGAGUACAGUAUUUCUUCUCACUUCCUCAUUCACACACGGAGAAACUGAGCCUAAGGAGGCUGCGGCUCUUCUGAGACCACAUAGGUGAUUGUUGAUUAUAACGGUGUAAUUUUAAAGCACCGACUUAACUCUGUUCAGCUGUGUUUAUUCUCUUGUAGUUCUGAAUUAGAUUAAAAUUAAAAUUUGAAGUCAACAAAAAUGAGGUGGAUAUCAAAGAAUGAUCCGUGACCUGGAAGUCUGUUCUUUGUCCCUGUGUUACCCGCCUCCGUUCCUUAACCCUUUCACUGCCCCUCAUUGUCACUUUUCUUUCUUGCCACUCUCCCUGCUCCCUCCUGGGAUCUGGUAUGAGCAAUUAGGCCAAAGCCUGGAUCUGUUCCCUUGACAUUUUGGGAAUGGUGGCCACUUGUAGCCAUGCCACAUGGGAAUUAGAGCUUUUGAGGAUUCCUUAUGACUGCAGAAACAACAACAACAACAAAACAUGUUAAUGUAAUUUUCUGAUCUUUUGACUACAUCUUCCUCUGACUUGCCAAUGAAAACCAUAGGUUAUUGUCAGACCAAUGACUGAUAAUUGUAACAGCUACCAAAAUAAUUUCCUCAGAAGGGGAGGAAUCCAAGAGACGAAUGUUUACGGUCUCAGAAAGAACCAUCAUCUCAAAGAUGUGUUGUGUGUAAAAGGUAAGUGUAAUACUUAAGGGCCUACAGAGUGCUUGAUGUGAGUGAGUACUGUAGGUCUAGCUAUAAACAUACCUGGCAUGAAGCCCAUAGUUGGAAAUGGUUUCCUGUCGCUAACUUUAAGUGGACCAAGAACGUAAGCAGUGAGUAUCAGUGCAGACUUGCUCCUGCUGUAAGUUAACCUGUGGUCGAACAUACAUCCUCAUUUAUACACUAAUUUAAGAUGUGAAACAGUGGAAAGUUUUGCCCUGUGUGACUGAAGGUAUACAACAUUGGAACAAGCAUUUUCUAACAGAAGCAUAUGUAGGACCUUCCUGGGCAAAUAGUGUUGCAUUCUUCUUUAUAUGCAAAUUUAAGAUCUGCUCUUUAGCAACUAGUGAGAGCAAUCCUUUUGUCACAUAUGUGUAUCUUCUCUUGGCUAGAUCUGAAUGCAGAUGUGAUUUUAAACAGAUUUCUUAAAUAGAUAGGUGUUUAAGAAACAAUGUGGAAUUUUUUUUAGUAUUCUGAUCAAAUCAGAACUAUGAGGGAGACAUUUUUUUCGGUGGAAUGAAAGGUAUAAAGAGAAAUGUAUUAGAAGAGACUAAAAUAGUGGUUAAAUAGUGUACGAGUUAUGCUCACGUAGAGCGCUCAGAAUGGAGAGAGUUAGAAACUGUUAACAGGGACCAGCUCCAUCCCUUCAAAGACCAAAGACAGGCUUCUGGGGGCCAGGAAGGUCCCUGUCCUCCCAGUUGGCCCAGGGCCCCUGUAGACUGGGGUGUGGACUGUGGUUCCCUCAAGAGUCCCACCCGGCACAGCUCACCAGGCUCCUCAAGGCCUCCCGAGCUCCCCAGCCAGCUUCUGGAGGCCUGACUGGACUGAAUUCCGAGAGGGUGGGAGUAUCGGCUGUGUCCUUAGAUGUCUUUUUCACUUCACAGGCUCUCAGUCAGUACAUUUAUUUGUUGAAUGCUCAGCAUGGGGGCGGGGGUGGUGUGAGAGAGUGGUACAUGCAGAGAAGACUAGUUCAUGAUUCCUGGAAAUAAGGGAGAAUUAUGAAACACGCCAAGGUGCUUUUGAAAUCUUAUUCUCUACUGUCAAAAGGAUUAUUAAUAAGGUAACCAAGAAGCAGCUUGAUAUUAUCAGUAUAGUCCUUAGUCUGUGACCAGGAAGAAAGGAUAAAAAAAAAAACAAACCCCGAACAAACCCCAACCCUUCCCUCUAAUUCGCUACAACCUUUAUUCUUUUGGAUGUAUUCUCUGACAUAAUCUACUAUUUGAAUGUGGAAUGUACAGAGAGCAGUUUACAGAGGAGUAAGGAGCUGAUUUUUUUUUUUUUUUUAAGGUAAAAGAUUGCUAUUAAUUUUAAAUAUUUGGUUAAAAGUCUGUUUUGAAUGCUUGGGUUAACUGAUGUUUCGCUUGCUGCAUAUACCCUCAGCAUGCUUAUAAGGGCACUUUAAGUAGAAAUAUAACAGUGACAUCUGUUCCUAAAAUGAUAAAAUCUCUCGAUCUUGUUUCUGGGUUUGGCCGCCUCCUACCUUCAUGUUGAAAGGAAAGCGACUGCUCUUUGUGAGAGUCGGUGUCGCAGUUGUCAGAGCCUCUGAAGACAGUCGUUCAACACUGACUCACGGAGGGCCCCGCGGGCCUCUCCCCUCCCCGUGCAGACGUGCGCACACGCCCAGAGGCGUGCGCGUGCUGCUGUCGAAGGCCUGUCCCGGCCGCAGCGUGUCUUCCAAAGCCUGUCCGAAGUUUAGAUGCCGGCCAGAUAGCAGAGGGCCGGGGGAAGGGCUGCAGCGGGUGGGGAGGAAUUGUUGGCAUUACUGAGGAAGGAAAAGAGCUACGGUCCCCCCCGCCCCCCAAGUGCUGGGCGGCAAAGCCGAUGAUCCACUGAGUCUGCGGAUUGUAGCCCGGGAGACGGGGGUGGGUUUAUUAUUUAAUCGACACAUCGUAUUUGAGUUUGAUUUGGGUCCGACAUUUUGAGAAAGUGAUUCUCAUGACUUUUAUUGGCGCAGUGCUCGAACUGGUUCACUUACCUUCUCGCCGUCGAAAACGCUGAAUAGGGCAAGCCGCGUUUUCGGAGCACACUUAGGCGGCGACAGAGUGGGGACGAGGAGCCUGAGCUACUCCCCUAGACUCUCUUGCUUCAGACCCAAGAAAGGAUGGAGCGCCGCGCUGGUGAGCAGUGCUGGCUGCGGAUGCGAGAGGGGUUCGGAGCUCGGCCAGGUCCUUCUUCCUCCCGGACGUCGUGUGCUUGUGCGUGUGGUACAAAUAACCUAGCAAACACUGAUAAGGGCAAGAGGGGAGACAAGUCUGCUUUGUACCUAAUUUAGAUGGAGGCAGAAGGGUUCCUGUGAAUGGAACGAAGUGGAGGCAAAAUGCACUUUUUCCCUCCUUUCUUCCGCCUCCCCUUCCCUCCUUCGUCCUGCCCUUUUCCUCUUCUGGCCUCCCCAUCCCUCCUCCCCCCCUCCCCCCCUCCUCCCUCCUCUUUCUCCUUCCCUCCUCUCCCUCUCUCCCUUUUAAAAAUAAACCUUAACCUUGUCGUGAACUGUAGCUGCUGCAGAGCAGAGUGCACCCCUAGCACACUUGGGCUCUGUGCUCUGCCCACCUGAGUAAAGCGCUUACACAAAAGUGAGUUGCGUUUCUUUUCCAAACUGCUUCAUGCCAGGCUUUCGCUAUCCUGUAUAUAAUGUAAUUGAACGUUAUCCAAGUGUUUAAGGCAUGGGUGGGAAAAGAAAAUCUUGCUACGCUGAACAAUCCGGGAAGGCUUGAUAAAAGCAGUCCAUUUAAAAUAACCUGUCAGGUGCGGAAGAGACCAUUGUAAAUACAAGCAUUCUGCCCUUGCGUUUAUUCCAGUGUCGCUGUGUUCUAGCUCCAUUUAAGGGUGAACACCAGAAUUGGCCUGUUAGGGUUUAUGCAGGUAAGACGGUGAAAACAUCCCAUCUGCUUUGAGGUUCAUGCUCAAAGGAAAGACCUCAUUGCCCAGGUCUGAAGACGACAGCAAGGGGCAGGGCUCCUAAGUUGGACUCUGUAGUGACCCUAUUGAGCAGGAGGAGUGAAGAAACAGAGCACUUAAAAGCUUGUGUCUUUUUAAUGACUUUCUGCUUUAACUGACUUGAUUAAAAAUUAACUGACAAAAGGACUAGUGAUCUCACAUUGAGAAAGAGGGCUUCCGCCCCACACGGAGGCUCUCACGGAGGCUCUCACGGUGUGGGGAGCACCAGCCUGUGCUCCUACUGGAAAGUGGCCCAUUCCCCUGUUUGGAUCAUGCACCAUGAGAACCGGAGGAGGACUGGGUGCGCUGGCCAUCAUGAAGGCUGAAAGUGACCAUCGGUGUUCGAUGUCCUCUGGCUAACAGGGCAGACCGGGUUUCGAAAAAACGAUGAAAUGAAAGCUAUGGAUGUUUUGCCAAUUUUAAAGGAAAAAGUUGCAUACCUUUCAGGUGGCAGAGAUAAACGUGGAGGUCCCAUUUUAACGUUUCCAGCCCGCAGCAAUCAUGAUAGAAUACGACAGGAGGACCUCAGGAGACUGAUUUCGUAUCUAGCCUGUAUCCCUAGUGAAGAAGUCUGCAAGCGAGGAUUCACGGUGAUCGUGGACAUGCGUGGGUCCAAGUGGGACUCCAUUAAGCCUCUUCUGAAGAUACUGCAGGAGUCCUUUCCCUGUUGCAUCCAUGUUGCCCUGAUAAUCAAGCCAGACAACUUUUGGCAGAAACAGAGGACUAAUUUUGGCAGUUCUAAAUUUGAAUUUGAGACAAAUAUGGUCUCUUUAGAAGGCCUUACCAAAGUAGUUGAUCCUUCUCAGCUCACCCCGGAGUUUGAUGGCUGCUUGGAGUACAACCAUGAAGAAUGGAUUGAAAUCAGAGUUGCUUUUGAAGACUACAUUAGCAAUGCGACCCACAUGCUGUCUCGGCUGGAGGAACUUCAGGACAUCCUAGCCAAGAAGGAAUUGCCUCAGGAUUUAGAGGGGGCUCGGAAUAUGAUCGAGGAGCAUUCGCAGCUGAAGAAGAAGGUGAUUAAAGCCCCCAUAGAAGACUUGGAUUUAGAGGGACAGAAGCUGCUGCAGAGGAUUCAGAGCAGUGACAGCUUUCCCAAAAAGAACUCCGGCUCGGGCAACGCGGACCUGCAGAGCCUCCUACCCAAGGUGUCUGCCAUGUUGGACCGGCUGCACUCAACUCGGCAGCACCUGCAUCAGAUGUGGCACGUGAGGAAGCUGAAGCUGGACCAGUGCUUUCAGCUGAGGCUGUUUGAACAGGAUGCCGAGAAGAUGUUUGACUGGAUCACACACAACAAGGGCCUGUUUCUGAACAGCUACACCGAGAUUGGGACCAGCCAUCCUCACGCAAUGGAGCUCCAGACACAGCACAACCACUUUGCCAUGAACUGUAUGAACGUGUAUGUAAACAUAAACCGCAUAAUGUCGGUGGCAAAUCGCUUGGUAGAGUCUGGCCACUACGCCUCUCAGCAGAUCAAGCAGAUUGCGAACCAGUUGGAGCAGGAGUGGAAGGCAUUUGCGGCAGCCCUGGAUGAGCGGAGCACCUUGCUGGACAUGUCCUCCAUUUUCCACCAGAAGGCUGAGAAGUACAUGAGCAACGUGGACUCGUGGUGUAAAGCCUGUGGAGAGGUGGACCUUCCCUCGGAGCUGCAUGACCUGGAGGACGCCAUUCACCACCAUCAGGGGGUAUACGAGCACAUCACUCUUGCUUAUUCUGAGGUGAGCCAGGACGGGAAGUCGCUCCUCGACAAGCUCCAGCGGCCGCUGACUCCCGGCAGCUCCGACUCCCUGACAGCCUCCGCCAACUACUCCAAGGCGGUGCACCACGUCCUCGACGUCAUCCACGAGGUGCUGCACCACCAGCGGCAGCUCGAAAACAUCUGGCAGCACCGCAAGGUCCGGCUGCACCAGCGGCUGCAGCUCUGUGUCUUCCAGCAGGACGUGCAGCAGGUGCUGGACUGGAUUGAGAAUCAUGGAGAAGCGUUUCUCAGCAAACAUACGGGUGUGGGGAAAUCACUUCAUCGGGCCAGAGCUUUGCAGAAACGCCAUGAAGAUUUUGAAGAAGUAGCCCAGAACACAUACACCAACGCAGAUAAAUUACUGGAAGCAGCAGAACAGCUGGCGCAGACCGGGGAAUGUGACCCAGAAGAGAUUUAUCAGGCUGCCCAUCAGCUUGAAGACCGGAUACAAGAUUUUGUUCGGCGUGUCGAGCAGCGGAAGAUCCUGCUGGACAUGUCGGUCUCAUUUCACAGCCAUGUCAAGGAGCUGUGGACGUGGCUGGAGGAGCUGCAGAAGGAGCUUCUGGAUGACGUGUAUGCCGAGUCGGUGGAGGCCGUGCAGGACCUCAUCAAGCGCUUUGGCCAGCAGCAGCAGACGACCCUGCAAGUGACGGUGAACGUGAUCAAGGAAGGGGAGGACCUCAUACAGCAGCUGAGGGACUCUGCCAUUUCCAGCAACAAGACCCCCCACAACAGCUCCAUCAGCCACAUCGAGACAGUGCUGCAGCAGCUGGACGAGGCCCAGGCCCAGAUGGAGGAGCUCUUCCAGGAGCGCAAGAUCAAGCUGGAGCUCUUCCUGCAGCUGCGCGUGUUCGAGAGGGAUGCCAUCGAUAUCAUCUCAGACCUUGAGUCUUGGAAUGAUGAGCUUUCUCAGCAAAUGAACGACUUUGACACAGAAGAUCUCACAAUAGCGGAACAGCGCCUGCAGCACCACGCAGACAAAGCUCUGACCAUGAAUAACUUAACCUUCGAUGUCAUCCACCAAGGGCAGGACCUUCUGCAGUAUGUCAAUGAAGUGCAGGCCUCUGGCGUGGAGCUGCUUUGCGACAGAGACGUAGACAUGGCCACCCGGGUCCAGGACUUGCUGGAGUUCCUUCACGAGAAGCAGCAGGAGCUGGAUGUCGCGGCUGAGCAGCAUCGGAAGCACCUGGAACAGUGUGUGCAACUUCGCCACCUGCAGGCCGAGGUGAAGCAGGUGCUGGGCUGGAUCCGCAACGGAGAGUCGAUGCUGAAUGCCGGACUCAUCACAGCCAGCUCCUUGCAGGAGGCAGAGCAGCUGCAGAGGGAGCACGAGCAGUUCCAGCACGCCAUCGAGAAGACACAUCAGAGUGCGCUGCAGGUGCAGCAGAAGGCGGAGGCCAUGCUGCAGGCCAAUCACUAUGACAUGGACAUGAUCAGGGACUGUGCCGAGAAAGUGGCGUCUCACUGGCAACAGCUCAUGCUCAAGAUGGAAGACCGCCUCAAGCUGGUGAACGCGUCUGUCGCCUUCUACAAAACCUCAGAGCAGGUCUGCAGCGUCCUCGAGAGCCUGGAGCAGGAGUACAAGAGAGAAGAGGACUGGUGUGGAGGGGCCGACAAACUGGGCCCCAACUCCGAGACAGACCACGUCACCCCAAUGAUCAGCAAGCAUCUGGAGCAAAAGGAAGCGUUCCUGAAGGCUUGCACACUUGCUAGAAGGAAUGCAGAUGUCUUCCUGAAGUACCUGCACAGGAAUAGUGUGAACAUGCCAGGAAUGGUGACCCACAUCAAAGCUCCUGAACAACAAGUAAAAAAUAUCUUGAAUGAACUCUUCCAGCGGGAGAACAGGGUAUUGCAUUAUUGGACCAUGAGGAAGAGACGGCUAGACCAGUGCCAGCAGUAUGUGGUCUUUGAACGAAGUGCCAAGCAGGCUUUAGAGUGGAUCCAUGACAACGGAGAGUUCUACCUUUCCACACAUACGUCCACGGGUUCCAGCAUACAGCACACACAGGAGCUCCUGAAAGAGCACGAGGAGUUUCAGAUCACCGCGAAGCAAACCAAAGAGAGAGUGAAGCUAUUGAUACAGCUGGCUGAUGGCUUUUGUGAAAAAGGGCAUGCCCAUGCAGCAGAGAUAAAAAAAUGUGUCACUGCAGUGGAUAAGAGGUACAGGGAUUUCUCUCUGCGGAUGGAGAAGUACAGGACCUCUUUGGAGAAAGCCCUGGGGAUUUCUUCAGAUUCCAACAAAUCGAGUAAAAGUCUUCAGCUGGACAUAAUCCCCGCCAGUGUCCCUGGGUCAGAGGUGAAGCUUCGCGAUGCUGCUCAUGAACUUAACGAAGAAAAACGGAAGUCGGCCCGCAGGAAAGAGUUCAUAAUGGCGGAGCUAAUUCAAACUGAAAAGGCUUACGUGAGGGACCUCCGGGAGUGUAUGGAUACAUACCUGUGGGAGAUGACCAGCGGGGUGGAGGAGAUCCCGGCCGGCAUCGUAAACAGAGAGCUCGUCAUCUUCGGGAACAUGCAGGAAAUCUAUGAGUUUCACAAUAACAUAUUUCUGAAAGAGCUGGAAAAAUAUGAGCAGUUGCCAGAAGACGUUGGACACUGCUUUGUUACUUGGGCAGACAAGUUUCAGAUGUAUGUCACAUAUUGCAAAAAUAAGCCGGAUUCUACUCAGCUGAUACUAGAGCAUGCAGGGUCCUACUUUGAUGAAAUACAACAGCGGCAUGGAUUAGCCAAUUCCAUCUCUUCUUACCUUAUUAAGCCGGUUCAGCGAAUAACAAAGUAUCAGCUUCUUUUAAAAGAGCUACUCACUUGCUGUGAGGAAGGCAAAGGGGAGAUAAAAGACGGCCUCGAGGUGAUGCUUAGUGUGCCAAAGCGGGCCAACGAUGCCAUGCACCUCAGCAUGCUGGAAGGGUUUGACGAAAAUAUUGAGUCUCAGGGAGAACUCAUCCUGCAGGAAUCCUUCCAAGUGUGGGACCCAAAAACCUUAAUCCGAAAGGGUCGAGAACGGCAUCUCUUCCUUUUUGAAAUGUCUUUAGUAUUUAGUAAAGAAGUGAAAGAUUCCAGUGGGAGAAGCAAGUACCUUUAUAAAAGCAAAUUGUUUACCUCAGAGCUGGGUGUCACAGAGCACGUGGAAGGAGACCCUUGCAAGUUUGCGCUGUGGGUGGGGAGGACACCAGCCUCAGACAAUAAAAUCGUCCUUAAGGCUUCCAGCAUAGAAAACAAGCAGGACUGGAUAAAGCACAUCCGCGAAGUGAUACAGGAAAGGACAAUUCACCUGAAAGGGGCCCUGAAGGAGCCCAUUCACAUCCCCAAGACGGCACCGGCUACGAGACAGAAGGGAAGGAGGGACGGAGAGGAUCUGGAUAGCCAGGGCGAUGGGAGCAGCCAGCCUGACACCAUUUCAAUUGCCUCACGGACGUCUCAGAACACACUGGACAGCGAUAAGCUCUCUGGCGGCUGCGAGCUGACGGUGGUCAUCCACGACUUCACCGCCUGCAACAGCACGGAGCUGACCAUCCGCCGUGGCCAGACCGUGGAAGUGUUGGAGCGGCCCCACGACAAGCCUGACUGGUGUCUGGUGCGGACCACCGACCGGUCCCCCGCCGCGGAAGGCCUGGUCCCCUGCGGCUCUCUGUGCAUCGCCCACUCUAGAAGCAGCAUGGAGAUGGAGGGCAUCUUCAACCACAAAGACUCGCUGUCCGUCUCCAGUAACGAUGCCAGCCCGCCCGCCUCCGUGGCCUCUCUCCAGCCCCACAUGAUGGGGGCCCAGAGCUCCCCGGGCCCCAAGCGCCCGGGCAACACGCUGCGCAAGUGGCUGACGAGCCCGGUGCGACGGCUGAGCAGCGGCAAGGCCGACGGGCACGUGAAGAAGCUGGCGCACAAGCACAAGAAGAGCCGGGAGGUCCGCAAGAGCGCCGAUGCCGGCUCGCAGAAGGACUCGGACGACAGCGCAGCCACCCCGCAGGACGAGACGGUGGAAGAGAGGGGCCGGAACGAGGGCCUGAGCAGCGGCACACUCUCUAAGUCCUCCUCGUCGGGCAUGCAGAGCUGCGGGGAGGAGGAAGGGGAGGAGGGCGCCGACGCCGUGCCCCUCCCCCCGCCCAUGGCCAUCCAACAGCACAGCCUGCUGCAGCCGGAUUCACAGGACGACAAGGCCUCUUCCCGGUUAUUAGUCCGGCCCACCAGCUCCGAAACGCCAAGUGCGGCCGAGCUCGUGAGUGCGAUUGAAGAACUCGUGAAGAGCAAGAUGGCUCUGGAGGACCGGCCCAGCUCACUCCUUGUUGACCAGGGAGACAGUAGCAGCCCCUCCUUCAACCCUUCCGACAACUCCCUUCUCUCCUCCUCGUCGCCCAUUGAUGAGAUGGAGGAAAGGAAAUCCAGCUCCUUAAAGAGACGGCACUAUGUUUUGCAAGAACUAGUGGAGACAGAGCGUGACUAUGUGCGGGACCUCGGCUGUGUGGUUGAGGGCUACAUGGCUCUCAUGAAAGAAGAUGGUGUUCCUGAUGACAUGAAAGGGAAGGACAAGAUUGUAUUUGGCAACAUCCAUCAGAUUUAUGACUGGCACAGAGACUUUUUUUUAGGAGAGUUGGAGAAGUGCCUUGAAGAUCCGGAAAAACUGGGAUCCCUUUUUGUUAAACAUGAGAGAAGGUUGCACAUGUACAUAGUUUAUUGUCAAAAUAAACCAAAGUCUGAGCACAUUGUCUCAGAAUACAUUGAUACCUUUUUUGAGGACCUAAAGCAGCGUCUUGGCCACAGGCUGCAGCUCACAGAUUUGCUCAUCAAACCAGUGCAGAGGAUCAUGAAGUACCAGCUGCUCCUGAAGGACUUCCUCAAGUAUUCCAAAAAAGCUAGCCUGGAUACAUCAGAAUUAGAGAGAGCAGUGGAAGUCAUGUGCAUCGUACCCAAGCGGUGCAACGACAUGAUGAACGUCGGGCGGCUGCAGGGAUUUGACGGUAAAAUUGUUGCCCAGGGCAAGCUGCUCCUGCAGGACACAUUCUUGGUCACGGACCAAGACUCGGGACUUCUGCCUCGCUGUAAAGAGAGGCGGGUUUUCCUCUUUGAGCAGAUCAUCAUUUUCAGUGAACCACUUGAUAAAAAAAAGGGCUUCUCCAUGCCGGGAUUCCUGUUUAAGAACAGCAUCAAGGUGAGUUGCCUUUGCCUGGAGGAAAACGUGGAAAACGAUCCCUGUAAAUUUGCUCUGACAUCGAGGACGGGUGGUGUGGUGGAGACCUUCACUCUGCACUCGUCCAGUCCAAGUGUCCGGCAAACAUGGAUCCAUGAAAUCAACCAAAUUUUAGAAAACCAGCGUAACUUUUUAAAUGCAUUGACAUCACCAAUCGAGUAUCAGAGGAACCACAGCGGGGGCGGCGGCGGCGGCGGCGGCGGGGGCAGCGGCGGGGGAGGGGGCGGCGGCGGCGGUGGCGGCGGCGGCGGCGGGGCCCCCAGCGGCGGAGGCGGCAACCCCAGCGGCGGCCCCGGCAGCUGCAGCGGCCUCCCCAGCUCGAGCAGAAGCAGACCCUCCCGGAUCCCCCAGCCUGUCAGACACCACUCCCCCGUGCUGGUCUCCUCUGCAGCCUCGAGCCAGGCAGAGGCAGACAAGAUGUCAGGUACGUCCACUCCCGGCCCUGCACCGCCCCCUCCCGGCAGCAGCCCCGCCCCGGAGGCCGGCCCCGGCCAGGCCGGCAGGCGCGCCCCGGGAGAGCCCGAAGGCCCCGAGCGAGAAGCGGAGCACAUCCCCAAGAUGAAGGUGAUCGAGAGCCCCAGGAAGGCCUCGGGGAAUGCCGCAGGCGCCAGCCGCGAUGCGGACGCCAGGGAGGCGCGGGCCAACCCGGAGGACAGCCGCUCGCGGAGCAGCCUGGGCUCGCUGCCCCUGGGAAAGCCCAGGCCCGGGGCCGUCUCGCCUCUGAACUCACCUGUGGCCACCGCGUUCCCUUCUCCCAUCGGCAAGGAGCCCUUUCCCCCCAGCAGCCCCCUGCAGAAGGGGGGCUCCUUCUGGAGCUCCAUCCCCGCCUCUCCCGCCAGCCGGCCGGGCUCCUUCACCUUCCCGGGGGACAGCGACUCCCUCCAGCGGCAGGCGCAGCGCCACGCGGCCCCCGGCAAGGACACGGACCGCAUGAGCACGUGCUCCUCGGCCAGCGAGCAGUCCGUGCAGUCCACGCAGAGCAACGGGAGUGAAAGCAGCAGCAGUAGCAACAUCUCCACCAUGUUGGUGACACACGAUUACACGGCAGUGAAGGAGGAUGAGAUCAACGUCUACCAAGGAGAGGUCGUUCAGAUUCUGGCCAGCAAUCAACAGAACAUGUUUCUGGUGUUCCGAGCCGCCACUGACCAGUGCCCCGCCGCCGAGGGCUGGAUUCCGGGCUUCGUCCUGGGGCACACCAGUGCAGUCAUCGUGGAGAACCCCGAUGGGACCCUCAAGAAGUCAACAUCUUGGCACACAGCACUCCGUUUAAGGAAAAAAUCUGAGAAAAAAGAUAAAGACGGCAAACGGGAAGGCAAGUUAGAGAACGGUUACCGGAAGUCUCGGGAAGGACUCAGCAACAAGGUAUCUGUGAAGCUUCUCAACCCCAACUACAUAUAUGACGUUCCCCCAGAAUUCGUCAUUCCCUUGAGUGAGGUCACGUGUGAGACAGGGGAGACCGUUGUUCUUAGAUGUCGAGUUUGUGGCCGCCCCAAGGCCUCGAUCACCUGGAAGGGCCCUGAACACAACACCUUGAACAACGACGGUCACUACAGCAUCUCCUACAGUGACUUGGGAGAGGCCACUCUGAAGAUUGUGGGUGUGACCACAGAAGAUGAUGGCACCUACACGUGCAUCGCUGUGAACGACAUGGGUUCGGCCUCGUCCUCAGCCAGUCUGAGGGUGCUGGGUCCAGGGAGUGAUGGGAUCAUGGUGACCUGGAAAGACAACUUUGACUCCUUCUACAGCGAAGUGGCUGAGCUUGGCAGGGGCAGAUUCUCUGUCGUUAAGAAAUGUGAUCAAAAAGGAACCAAACGAGCAGUGGCCACUAAGUUUGUGAACAAGAAGUUGAUGAAGCGUGACCAGGUCACCCACGAGCUUGGAAUCCUGCAGAACCUCCAGCACCCGCUGCUUGUUGGCCUCCUUGAUAGCUUCGAGACCCCCACCAGCUACAUCCUGGUUUUGGAAAUGGCUGACCAGGGACGUCUCCUGGACUGUGUGGUGCGAUGGGGAAACCUCACCGAAGGGAAGAUCAGGGCGUAUCUGGGGGAGGUUCUGGAAGCCGUCCGAUACCUUCACAACUGCAGGAUAGCGCACCUGGACCUCAAGCCUGAAAACAUCCUGGUGGAUCAGAGUUCGGCCAAGCCAACGAUCAAACUGGCUGACUUUGGAGAUGCUGUCCAACUCAACACGACCUACUACAUCCACCAGUUGCUGGGGAACCCCGAGUUUGCGGCCCCCGAAGUCAUCCUUGGGAACCCCAUCUCCCUGACCUCGGAUACAUGGAGUGUCGGAGUGCUCACAUAUGUGCUUCUCAGUGGCGUGUCCCCCUUCCUCGACGACAGCGUGGAGGAGACCUGCCUGAACAUUUGCCGACUAGACUUUAGCUUCCCAGAGGACUGCUUCAAAGGAGUGAGCCAGAAGGCCAAGGAGUUCGUGUGUUUCCUCCUCCAAGAGGACCCUGCCAAGCGUCCCUCGGCUGCUCUGGCCCUCCAGGAGCAGUGGCUGCAGGCGGGCCAAGGCAGUGGCAAAGGUGCGGGCGUCCUCGACACGUCCAGACUGACUUCCUUCAUUGAGCGGCGCAAACACCAGAACGAUGUUCGACCUAUCCGUAGCGUUAAAAACUUCUUACAGAGCAGGCUUUUGCCUAGAGUCUGACCCAUCCUGAAGUUCUCUCUCAUUCUCUUUCACCUGCCAAUCAGCUGUUAAUUUGAAUUUCGAAGAGAAACACAAACCAACAUGACUGAUGAGCUGCCGUACGUUCAUCGUGUGACAUUGCGUUCCGGGUGAGCUGUGCUCGGCGGUGCCCGGGGCUCGGGAGCACGCUGUGCUGGGGUGGAGGACCUUCUUGCACACUCUUCGUGAGCGGAGACAGCAUUGCUGUACCACAGUCUUUUAUUCAGGUUUCUGCAAAAAAAAGAAAAGAAACUUUUUUAAAUACACACGAAUAGAAUUUUGCAAAUUUAACAUUUUCCAGGAUUUAUUCAAGGACACGAAAUGCCUAUGUUCAACCACUGGUGUUAACGAACAAAACAGAGAUACUGGACACCCCUGGGGAGGACUCCCCCCUCGAGGCGGCCCUCCCCACGGCCUCGUCCAGAGCUCAGGGUCCACCUGGCUCUGAGCUUUCCUAGCCGCCGGGUCUGCGUGCGUCUCACCGGGACGCCAGACCAGGCUCCUGAAACGUGCAUUCAACCUCAGACUUUUGCAUAAAACUAGAAUGAAUCGUUCUGCUCUGAUGAAAUGUAGGCCUUAUUUGUAUAUAAGACUGGUCCUGCCUUCGGUCUGUCCUUCCCUCCCUCCUGUCCCCCCCUCUCCCCCCACCCCCACCGCCCAGGGCUUCCUUUGGAGGAGGUCAGAGGGUUCUGCCCAUCAACCCAGGACGUCAGGUUGGGUCCCACCCCGAUGUCCCCUCCCCCUGCUUCCUACCCCCAAGCCGUCAAUCAGAUUGUCGAGCAGUAUACAGUCAGAUGAAAAUACUGUAAAUGCACUCAUUGGGGUUUUUUUGGUUUUAUUUCAUAUCAUGUGCAAUGUUGUGGCUUUAACAUUUUAUGCAACUAUUUAUGAAGACCUCUGUUGUACCUGUAAUAAAUACAUAGAAAAAGCACAUACUUCGUACAGUGAGCUUUAUGGUUUUGUGCGUGUGUCGGGGGCGGGGGGGGGGGGGUGGGGGUGGAGCCCUGUGCCAUCAGUUCAAGGAGAUUUAACUCUGCGUGAAAUUUGUCAGUUUCGAGGACUGUAAAAAGUGAUUUCAUACUCUGAAUAUAAAACUGGAUAAUAGGGUAAUGUUUUCAAAUUUAUUAUGCUAUUAUUCAGAAUGCCAAAGUAUUAUUUUUUUUCCCAAAAUCGGUCUGGCCAUUUACUACUUUUUAGACUUUUUGACGUUCCACUUUCUGUACAAAAAUUGGCUGGAUUUUGAGCUUUUGGUAAGAAAUAAAAGCCAAUUAAGCACUAGCCGCCUUGAGGCUGGCAUCUGUGACGUCUGCGUCACUGUGGCAGAAUUAACGCUGGCAUGGGGACACCUGUCAACAAGCCGCGGGCUUUCUGGGCACGCUUGAAUUUUUCUGAAUGUCUUUUUAUCUUUGUUGUGUGAGAUCCACUACGAACGCGACCGGCCCACUUCCCCAGCCAGCCAGACACCUGGGUCUUGAGCCAUGAACCGGGCGGAGUUAAGCUUUGCAGCUUCCAAUGUAUUUUAUUUAUUCUUUUGUUGGGUUUUUGUUUGUUUCUUGUAAAAUUGUACAGAAACUUUUUAAAAGAAAUUGGAUUCAAAACUGGAUGUGUAUUCGUAACCUCACAACUUUUAUUUGUGUAUUGUUUCUUUUAUUAUUUCAGUUAAAUUUUUACAUUAUUUUGCAUGUAUAUUUCUUUGUACAGAGACCUUACAUGUUUACACAGUAUGAUGUGAUGUAAAUAUUUUAUUUUGCCAUCAGUUAUUUUAAAAAAUUAAACAUAUUUGCCUGA